GCGCGCGCUGUUCUGCAACUCACCUUCGCGCCGGAGCGGUGUCACGAAUUGCGCCCAUUUGCCACAGCGACAUCGUCCCAGCCUCCCUUGCGUCAAGCCGGAUCCGACGAGCCGCAUCGCGAUUGGCGACUGCCUUUGCUCAGCCGAGACGAGGCGCUCAGUCUCUUUGCUCAGCAAUAUCCUGCGAUUUUCGCCGGCUGUGACACUCUGCUACUUCAUGCUUUGAUCACCGCCAUCGCAAUCCGAUCAGAUGGGGUGGGCAACGCUGGGCCGCUUCAGGCUGUUGCUGCUCAUCCAGCUCGCCGCCGUCUUCUUCGUCGAGGCGACAUACAUCGGCCACCAAGUACCAUUGGGCAUCAAAGAUGAGCCGCCGGCUGUCUCAGGCAUCUCGGUAUCGUUGUUCUCAUCCCUCGAGCGGCUGGCGAGGCUCGUCGACGUCUCGUAUUGCCUCGGCAACUCUGGGAUCCGGAAGCCGUUCGAAUGCAUCUCCCGAUGCGAUGAGUUUCCCAACAUGACGUUGGUCAAUACCUGGAGCACGGGCUUUCUCUUUGGCGACAACUGUGGGUUCAUUGCCGUGGACCAAGGCUCGGAGCAGCGACGGCGACAAAGCGAUGAUGGUGACGACAAGCCAGGCGCCAUCAUGGUUGCGUUUCGCGGGACUUACAGCAUCACCAAUACCAUUGUUGACCUGAGCACCCUCGCGCAGAAAUACGUGCCAUAUCCGUCUCCAGACCACGGGGGAGAAUCGCCGGAGAAACCGAGCCAUGAAUGCACAAACUGCACCGUUCACAUGGGCUUCCUCCAGUCAUGGCAGAGCGCCCGAAAAGCAGUUCUACCGGAGCUCAAGGCGCUCCGCGCCCAGUACCCGUCGUAUGCCAUUCACCUUGUCGGCCACAGCCUUGGAGGCGCCGUGGCUUGCCUCGCGGCGCUCGAGCUGAAAGUCUCGCUCGGCUGGGACGACGUGACGGUCACGACCUUUGGGGAGCCUCGCGCCGGCAAUGCGCAGUUCGCCCGCUUCGUCGACGACGUGUUUGAUCUGGACGGCAUCAUCGACCUCGAGACGCGAUCCUACCGCCGAGUCACCCACGCCGAUGACCCCGUGCCCUUGCUUCCGCCGGGAGAGUUUGGCUACACGUCUCACGGCGGUGAAAUCUUCAUCUCAAAGCCUGCUCUGUCGCCGUCCGAGACAGAUGUGCAGCUGUGCAUCGGCGACGCGGAUCCCAAUUGCAGUGCCAAGGACGACAGCUCCGUGGAGGGCCUGCUAUAUCGCCUCCUACACUUUCGCUGGACGACUUCCUCCCUGGAAGAGUAUACCCAGAGGAUGAGCUUCCCAGCGCGGUUUAAGCUAUGGCAGUUAUUUUUCGCUCAUCGGGACUAUUUCUGGAGGCUUGGGCUCUGCGUUCCCGGCGGCGAUCCUUCCAACUGGGGUCGGCUUCCGUAUUCCUAUGAGCCUCGCGAGGAAGAGCUAUAGCCUGUUGGGCGUGCUUCAUGAGUGAAGAGCGAGUCAAUAUCGACCUAGUGAUUGAGGUGUAAUUGUUAGGGGGUUAAAUAAGGACGUCCAUUACGACAGGCCAGUAAAGGUUACUGGACAAUAUAUCGAACUCAAGCCGCGAGGACGACUUUAGUGAAACAACACCCAUUUGGUCGGGCGUUUUCUCUUGCUUUUCUUUUCUCUUUCAUUUGGAUACCUGGCUGUAUGAUAAGCUAUUCAGAAUACCACUAUCGCGUUUGUUGAU